UCUGGACGAUCCUUCAUGAACCAUCACAACAUGGAGCCGGACGAGAGAACAGAAAUUGACCCAGCUGAGUAUUUUAACCCAGAUAAUGCCGGUCCUCCUCCAAGUUUCCUCAGGAAGGCUUGGUUCCCCACUGUUUUGGCAGGCGUGGGCGUAUCGUUGGCUUGUGUUUUGAAUUUACACAAUAGGAAACCCGCUUUUAGUGGUUUACAACAGCAUGCUAUUUUUUCUGGUCUUGGGACAAUUUUUGGUUUUACUGGAGGUAAUUGGUUAGACCGGAGAGCAGCGCAGAGAGAUGCUGUACUCUAUCACUACAUUGUCUCCCACCCUGAGGACUUCCCACCAGUUGAGAGAAAGAAGUAUGCCGAUGUGCUGAAGAAGUGGGUGCCCAUCCGUUGAUACUUGAAGGUCAUGACGCUGUACGAUCCAACCCUCGGAUGGCUCUUGUUUUUAACUUCAUCUGAAGAAGCUCUUAAGAUGACCAAUUGUAUCUUAUUAUUUCAUCCAUAUUAAAAGAUUAAAUGAAAACUAUGCUGUAUUGGUUAUAUUAAUUAUGUGUUUUAUCUCUGUAUAAUUCAUCUUGGAAGAAAGUGAAAUCUUAAAGCUUCUUUGUGCUGGUUAACAUGACUUUCUUUCAAAAUUUGCAGAGAAAACUGUAGGUGUAUAUAUAUGUGUGAAUAAAUAUUUAAUAUCUU